AUGCGCUCCACUUGGAUAAAUCCGAUCGCUCUUGAUUAUGUAAUUGAAUUCUUGCGCUUGGUGCGCUCCGAGUUCAAGUCCGAUCGGCUUGGAAUCAACAAAUCGGCUCUACCAUACCUUCACCGAAAGAAAAAAGAAACGUUUGGGAUUGAUCGUUGUCGCUUACCCACCCGGAAACCGAAUCCACCCUUUCUGUCGCUUUUUAAGUUCUUCAUCUCGAAUUCGCCUCGGAUCGUUCUUCGCAUCGCUGACUUGAAUCUUGCCCGAUCAAUUCUCAAGAAUAAAAAAACUAUCGCGCUACCCGCCACUAUCGGUUAUCGAUCUUCGCCGGGACCACAUCUUCGUUACCGUUCCGUUUUUACCGAUCUUAACCUCGAUUGGAUUGAAUCCUCCUCGCAUCACUUUGUCCAUCUCUUACCCGUUCUUCAUCUCGGACAGAGCUUUACCGCAGUAAUCAAGGUGAAGAAUGCAGUCCUCAAGUCUAAUAUUUUUAAUCCGCUACCGUCAAUCGAUUGUUACAAGCUCCAAAAAACAACAUCCUCUCUUCCACCGACAUCACUACUCUCGCCAUCUCCUGCUCUUUGCCAUCUCAUCACUGCCAUCGUUGCCAUCUUCUUUCCCCCUUCAUGAGCGCCGCCACUAUACGAUGUAUGUUGUCUUUGUCUCUUCUUAAUAUUGCUUCUCUCACACCGUCCUCCUCAAAAACUGAUCAAAAACAGUUGAUUCCGAUUGAUCAUAAUGCC